GUGCCUUUUAUUAGGCGUUCUGACUCCCAUCUGGGAUCCAUCUGGCCGGUCCGGGGGUCCAAGAUGGACAAAGUCUGUGCGGUGUUUGGAGGCUCCCGGGGGAUCGGCAGGGCUGUAGCUCAGCUCAUGGCACAGAAGGGCUACCGUCUGGCGAUCGUCGCCAGAAACCUGCAAGUGGCCCAAGCCACGGCCGGCGAGCUCGGCGGAAACCACUUGGCAUUUAGCUGUGAUGUCGCUAAAGAACAGGAUGUUCAAAGUACAUUUGAAGAGAUGGAGAAGCAUUUAGGUCCAGUAAAUUUCUUGGUAAAUGCAGCUGGUGUUAACAGAGAUGCUCUUUUCGUAAGAACAAGAACCGAAGAUAUGGUGUCUCAGCUUCACACUAACCUCUUGGGCUCCAUGCUGACCUGCAAAGCUGCCAUGAGGACGAUGAUUCAGCAGGGUGGCUCUAUCGUUAAUGUAGGGAGUAUCAUUGGUUUCAAAGGCAACGUGGGCCAGUCGGCAUACAGUGCCAGUAAAGGAGGGCUCAUUGGGUUUUCACGCUCCCUUGCUAAGGAGGUCGCGCGGAAGAAAAUCAGAGUCAAUGUGGUUGCGCCAGGAUUCAUUCACACGGACAUGACAAAGCACUUGAAAGAAGACUAUUUAAAGAAAAACAUCCCUCUUGGGCGCUUUGGAGACGCUCUUGAAGUGGCGCAUGCGGUUGUCUUUCUUUUGGAGUCGCCGUACAUCACAGGACAUGUUCUGAUUGUGGAUGGAGGAUUGCAACUCACCGUCUGAUUAGAGAUGACUCCGUGCUGAUGGCUGGUGACUGGGGUCACGUGCACAUUUUUCUAUUAAUUAGGCUAUCAUAGCUCUAUGGGUGACAUUUGUUACUAAAAAUGGUUCUAUCUUUGUAUGAACAUGUUUCAAAACAACAAUGUGUGACCGGUUGUAAUCUAAAAGGUAUGAAUCCUCUAUCUUUAGAGGCCAUAGCAAUUUUAGCACAUAGACAUUUUGUAAGAGAUAUGCACCAGUAUUUGUAUUUUUGCCUUGAAAAUAGAAAAUUCUGUUGUCUGAUUGUGAUAUA